UUUAUAUCCGGGGUAUAGAUAGCGAGGAAUGAAGAUCAGAACAGAAGGGAGAAUUAGGUUUUUAGGGUUUACACCGAGCAGCGACACCUCCCUCCCGCAGUAGCCAUGGUUCUCAAAACUGAACUAUGCCGAUUCAGUGGUGCCAAGAUCUACCCCGGAAAGGGCAUCAGAUUUGUUCGUGGUGAUUCUCAGGUUUUCCUGUUUGCCAACUCAAAAUGUAAGCGGUAUUUCCACAACCGCCUGAAGCCCUCAAAGCUCACCUGGACUGCUAUGUACAGAAAGCAACACAAAAAGGACAUUGCUCAAGAAGCUGUGAAGAAGAGGAGACGCGCUGCCAAAAAGCCUUACUCUAGGUCCAUUGUUGGUGCCACUCUGGAAGUUAUCCAGAAAAAGAGAGCUGAGAAGCCAGAAGUUCGAGAUGCAGCUAGGGAAGCUGCUCUUCGUGAAAUUAAGGAGAGGAUCAAGAAAACAAAGGAUGAGAAGAAGGCUAAGAAAGCAGAAGUUACAGCCAAGUCGCAAAAAGCAGGAGGGAAAGGCAUUUCUAAGGGUGCUAUGCCCAAAGGUCCCAAACUCGGUGGUGGAGGCGGGAAACGCUGAGCUUUUAGUUUUGUUCCUAUUUUUUGUUACAGUUUAAAUAGAGUUGUUUUGACACUGAUGUACCGAUAUUUCAUUUGCAAGAUUAAUCUUUUAUUGUACUGUUUUAUUCAGCCUGUGUUUGGAUCUUCAGAAGGUUGGUUAUUGAUUGGAUUUUGCCAUCCUUGGAAGUUUUAUAUUUUUACGCCAAUCAUCCUUUACGUUGUCUAUUAGUAUUGGUUCAUGUUUGAUUGUGAUUUUGACUAACAGAAGAGAUGAUGAUGCUCAA